AUGCUUCCCUCGUCGCCAUUCUUAUCGUCGUUUGAUCCUGCGCUUCAUCUCCACUCCGAAAGCCCAGGCCACACAUUAAAUCCACCAUCCGAAUCAUUCUCCGACGAUAUCGAAGCAAUCCACUUGCACUGCCAGGAACAAACCCGCAACCGAGUUGUAAUCCAGCACCGAGCGUGGGAUCUAUGUGAUGUGUUUCGCAGUGAAGACGACAUAAGACAGGAUACGCCAACCAAGACCGUUACGACCCCACGACCAUUUUCUCGCGUUUCAACUCGAAAGCUCUCUUUUAUUCCGUCUUCUCCACCUACAAGAAUGCCUUUCAUAGCACCUUCGGGCGCACUCACGCCCACGUCUGGCAAUGCGACCAAUGAUUCGCAGAAGAGGAAAGGCACAGACGGAGAGGCAGGCUCGCAGCCGACAGAGCCCAAGCGCCCGCGCAUGAUCGGAGGCUUUGUUGACGAUGAUGACGACGAUGAAGACGACCUUCCUGCCUUCAGGGACGAGCAAAUGGAUAUUCAAUAUGACCUGCCACCGCAGGAGCCUUCGGCGGAACUCCCUAAUAUACUUGCACCAAGGCCGGCAGUCACGAAGCCAAGCGAGGCUGUCAAUGCUACACCUAGCUCUUCCAGGACUCUCCCAGUAUUGACACCUCGGCCCGCUCCAACAGCCCCCAAAAGAUUCCAGAUCAAGACUUGUGCUGGCAAGACCCAUAACGUAUCGCAAAAGAAAGCGCAGGCCUCCGUUUCAUAUCAACGAAUGAUUGCCAGUCGGUCUGAGGUAGAGCCUGGGAAAGCGAGGAAGAGCUAUUACGGUGUCGAUAUCCACCAAUUGCUGGACGAGGUGGCCAAGGACACGAAUUCCUCGAAGGCAGUCCCUCAGCCCCGAGUUCAGCGCACUAUCGAAACGAGCCAUAUAAGCCCGAAGCAACAAAAGAAAGACUCCGCGAUGUGGACAGAAAAAUACCGUGCUCGCAAAUUCACUGACCUCAUUGGGGAUGAGCGCACCCAUCGAUCAGUACUCCGCUGGCUCAAGGGUUGGGAGUCCAUCGUAUUCCCCGGGAUAGCUAAGUCUCGUGCGAAGAAACCUGCCAAGGAUGAUGAAGAAGAGUAUAUCCAUCGAAAGGUGCUUUUACUCAGUGGCCCUCCUGGACUCGGAAAGACGACUCUGGCGCAUGUGUGCGCCAGACAGGCUGGUUUCGAAGUGCUUGAGAUUAAUGCAAGUGAUGACCGCAGCAAAGAUGUGGUCAAAGGCCGCAUUCGUGAUGCGCUGGGAACAGAGAAUGUCAAGGGUAUGAACGUGCAGAUUGGCAAUACCCAGGUCCGUCGCGCCGGUAAGCCCGUCUGUGUCGUUGUAGACGAAGUCGACGGUGUCACUGGUGGCUCCGGGAGCGGUGGUGAGGGCGGCUUUAUGAAGGCCCUCAUCGACCUCGUUCUGCUCGAUCAGCGGAACGCGAAAUGGGCUUCGGAAGGCAAUAAAGGCAAGAAGCGAAAGGGCGACAAUUUCCGGUUCAUGCGACCGUUAAUCCUGGUUUGCAAUGACCUUUAUCACAGCAGUUUGCGGCCACUCAGGGCUUCGUCUAUUGCAGAGAUGAUCACUGUCCGUCAGGCACCAUUAGAAAACGUUGUUCAGCGAGUCAAGGUCAUUUUCGACCGUGAAGGCAUCCCCUGCGACGCUGAUGGCGCUCGAAGGCUCUGUGAAGCGGCCUGGGGUAUGGUUAGCAAAAAGCACCGCACUGCCAAAUCCCAAGGCUCUGCCCAAGGUGACAUCCGUAGCGUGCUUGUUGCCGCAGAAUUCGUGGCACAGAAGCUUCGAAACGAGGCGUUGUCCUCCUCGCUGAGACUGACGAAGAAGUGGUUGGAGAGUCGAGUGCUCAAUCCAUCGGCUGAGGGUAGCUCGUUCUUCAAAGAGUUGAGUCGUGGUGGCACUCGGGAGAUCGUCAACCGUGUCUUCACAGAGGGAGCCGGCUUCGCAGAUGCACCUGCCAAUAUGAGUUUCCAAGAUCGCUUCGAUACCCCGAAUUCCCGGGUACCUGUCGGAGUAGCGGACUUGCGCAAGCGACACGCAAUCAACCGACUGCGCGAAAUGGUAGAUGCCAGCGGUGACCAUGACCGCUGUGUAUCGGAGUGUUUUGCUUCAUAUCCCAUUCAGCAAUACCAGGAUGACAAUUACUUCUCGAAGCCUAAUGCCGCUCACGACUGGCUCUAUUUCCAUGAUUUAAUCAGCUCGAAGGUCCACUCUUCUCAGGAAUGGGAGCUGGCCCCAUACCUCAGCCAGUCGGUUGUCGCAUUCCAUCAUCUAUUUGCUACAGCCAUGGGCCGGACGACCGAAGAUGACAAAAAUGACGAUGGCGAGGACGAGGACGCCGAAGAGGCACACCCCUUUUCAGGACCCAGAGCCGACUUCGCUGCCUUUGAGGCGUUGAAGCAGAACCGUGCGGCUAUGACUGCGUUCCACGCCUCCUUAUCAGCGCCUAUGACUCGCAUGUUCCGGUCUACUGAAAGUGUGAUCACGGAUUUAAUCCCCUACUUGAUCCGCAUGCUAUCCCCCGAUGUGAAACCGGUUAUCAUUCGUGGAAAUGGAGAGCAGAGGAGCACAGCCACCGUUCGCAAAGAGUCUGAACGCGCACUCGUUCAAGCCGCAGUGCAUGUCAUGACUGGGAUGGGCUUGACAUUUGAAAAAGUACGCGUAGAACACGAAGGAAGCCACGGUGGAUGGGCGUAUAGAAUGGAACCACCCAUCGAUUCGCUCGUCGUCUUCUCAAAAAUCAAAGGCAGCACCAUCGAGACCUCGGGCAGUACAGCGCCGGUACGGUACGCCGUCCGCCAGGUGCUGGACCAGGAGUAUCGCAAAGCAACGACUCGCAAACAGUCUGAUGCCAUGAGCGCAUCUAAACUCGGCGCUAAGGGUUCUAGGAAGUCCGAUGAUGGUGUUGCAGCGAAAGCACUCAGGGAUGCGGCUAUCAAGCGCGACUUCUUUGGUCGAGUAGUUGAUGAACCUACACCACAGCCUAGGGACCCGGAUAGUGCGGAGGCGUGGGCUGAUGAGUCGUCCAAGGCUGGACGGAAGGUUUGGGUUACUUUCCACGAAGGGUUCUCGAAUGCGGUCCGGAAACCGAUCUCUAUGGGAGAGCUGAUGGCGGGGUUGUAA